AUAAAGUCUCGCGGUAGUUACUGCUGUUCUAUUCCACGGGCCAGUGGAAGGUGUCGGUUAAAAGGGCUCUAAUCGAGUGCAGAGGCGGACAAGAGUAACACCACACGGGGGAAAAAAAAUAAAAAUAAUUUAUAUAUAAAUUUCAUCGAAGCUGAAAAGAGUAACAGAGGCAGAUAAGACAACUAUCAAAUCAUUCUCUGCUAACAAAACAAAUAAUUGAUAUUCGUUAGUUAUGAGUCAUGUGGCCGUCGAAAAUGCACUUGGUCUAGAUCAGCAGCUUGCUGGCCUAGACUUGAACUCCGCUGCUGACGGACAGGGAGGUGGAGUGUCAGGCAGACGUUACAUUCCACCCCAUUUAAGGAACAAAGAGGCUUCUAAGAAUGCAGGAAAUGCUUAUACUUCUGGUAGAUACAGCGGUUAUUCACUCCCCACAGUAAGGAGCUAUUCUCCUGGCUGGGACAAUGGACAAGGAAACAAUGGCUUUGUGAAUGGAUAUCAUGAUGAUAGGGAUUCUAGGAUGAAUGGUGGCAACAGCUUUGGAGGAAGAGGAGGAUCCACACGAGGUGACAGAGGUGGGCGUGGAGGGUAUCGUGGCAACAGAGGUGGUGGCUCCUUUAACCAGUCCCAACCAAUUCAGAAUACAGGCUUCGCAUAUGAUAAAGAUAACUCUGUAUGGAACAAAGACCAGAGGGACCCCUACACUAGCUUUGGAGGGCGUAACGAUAGAGGAAAGUCCUCUUUCUAUAGUGACCGUGGAACUGGGUCAAGAGGAAGGUAUGACCGUGGAGGAUUUAGCUCCCGGGACGGUGGCGGAAGCAGCCGAUGGGUUGAGGACAAUUCCCGUGACGAAGAUUGGUCAAAACCGCUGUCACCUAAUGAACGUGUGGAACAAGAGCUUUUCUCUGGAGGCAACACGGGAAUUAACUUUGAAAAGUAUGAUGACAUUCCCGUUGAGGCCACUGGCUCCAAUUGCCCUCCACAUAUUGAAAGUUUCCAAGAUGUGGAAAUGGGAGAAAUCAUUAUGGGUAACAUAAAUUUAACCAGUUACACUCGACCUACUCCAGUGCAGAAAUAUGCUAUUCCAAUAAUCAAAUCAAGGAGGGACUUGAUGGCUUGUGCUCAGACAGGCUCUGGGAAAACUGCAGCGUUUUUACUUCCAGUUCUCAGCCAAAUCUACACUGAAGGUCCAGGAGAGGCUUUACAAGCGGCAAAAGCCAACCCCCAGGAAAAUGGAAAAUAUGGACGCCGUAAACAGUAUCCACUCGCUUUGAUUCUGGCCCCAACCCGAGAACUGGCACUCCAGAUCUAUGAUGAAGCAAGAAAGUUUGCCUACCGUUCCAAAGUACGUCCAUGUGUAGUAUAUGGUGGGGCUGACAUCGGACAGCAAAUUCGUGACCUGGAAAGAGGCUGUCAUCUCCUGGUAGCUACUCCUGGCCGUCUUGUAGACAUGAUGGAGAGGGGAAAGAUUGGUCUGGAAUAUUGCAAGUAUCUGGUGCUGGAUGAAGCAGACAGAAUGCUUGACAUGGGUUUUGAACCUCAAAUUCGUCGCAUUGUUGAGCAAGACGCCAUGCCUCCAAAAGGAAUCCGUCACACCAUGAUGUUCAGUGCUACUUUCCCUAAAGAAAUCCAGAUCCUUGCUCGUGACUUUCUGGAAGAGUACAUUUUCUUGGCUGUGGGCCGUGUUGGGUCCACCUCCGAGAACAUCACCCAGAAAGUUGUUUGGGUAGAAGAGGGAGAUAAGCGUUCCUUCCUGCUUGAUCUGCUGAAUGCUACAGUAAUUCCGAGUGAGGUUCAGGAAAACGCAAGUGAAAUCUCCGACAAACCUGGCAAGGACUCCUUGACUCUGGUAUUUGUGGAAACCAAGAAAGGUGCAGAUGCCCUUGAGGACUUCUUGUACCGUGAAGGCUAUGCUUGCACCAGUAUCCAUGGAGACCGUUCACAGAGAGACAGAGAGGAAGCUCUUCUCCAGUUCCGUUCAGGAAGGUGCCCAAUUUUGGUGGCCACAGCUGUGGCAGCUCGUGGCUUGGACAUUUCUAAUGUGAAACAUGUGAUUAACUUUGAUCUUCCAAGUGACAUUGAAGAAUAUGUCCAUCGCAUUGGCCGUACUGGCCGUGUAGGAAACCUUGGUCUGGCAACCUCAUUUUUCAAUGAGAAGAACAGUAACAUUACCAAGGACCUCCUUGAUAUUCUAGUUGAAGCCAAACAGGAGGUUCCCUCCUGGCUGGAGAGCCUGGCUUACGAGCACCAGCACAAGAGCACUGGACGUGGGCGUUCCAAGAGGUUUUCUGGUGGAUUUGGCGCAAGAGACUAUCGUCAGACCAGCAAUACUGCCAACAGCUUUGGCAGCCGUGGAAGCCGUCCUGGGGGAGGUCACGGUGGAAACAGAGGAUUUGGUGGUGGUGGUGGUGGCUUUGGAAACUUUUACAGCAGUGACGGUUAUGGAGGAAACUACAACUCCCAGGUUGACUGGUGGGGAAACUGAAGAUCACAUCUAUCUCAGUGGAGGUCACCAUGCCAAACUAGCUGAAUGGAAACCACAUGUAACUUAGCCAGACUAUACCUUGUGUAGCUUCAAGAACUCGCAGUACAUUACCAGCUGUGAUUCUCUGAAAACAUUCUUAAAGGGAGCUUAAAGCAAAUGAAGAUGGCCUGCAGAGAACCAGAGCAUCACACCUUAGAUAAGACAAAACAUGACGGCUGUUUUUUUGUUUUUUUUAAAAUGCCUAUAGAAUCUUGGACUCUAGAGUUUUCAGCUGCACUUCAUUUCUUUCUUUUGUAAACUGAGGAUCAUUUGUUUAAUGUACUGUGCCUUUAACUUUAGACAGAAUUUAUUUUUUAUUGUCAUACUGGCUCAAGUUGGCCAAGAUCAAUUGUUUUUGUAAGGCAUAAAAGCUUGAACUAAAUCAAACCUUGGCAAAUACUGGGAUGAUAUGACUUGUCAUUUUUGUUCCAUUCGAACUUCAAAUUGUCACAGGGACAGUAUCAGGUUGCCUACAUUAAAGGCUUUAGCACAAGCAGCUUGUAAAAACACCAGAAGCGUUUGAUAAAGGUAUUGAUUCCUUGUGUGGCAAACUGUAUUUAAAGGGAUUAAGAGUUCAGAUUUUUUGCUCACUCUAUCCUGGAUAGGUACCCAUUAGGGACAUGGUAGACUUCAAAAAGCCAUUCCAGGUGGUGAUCUUAAUAACCAAUAAUACACCUCAGUGCUUUUUAAAAGCGCUGGCUUUUAGAUACACACAAAUGCUGGAACAUGUUACUCCACUCUUCAAAUGACUUGACAGUGUUAAGGCAGCUAGUGAAGUACCGCAAACUACCCAUUUAAGCGGGGCUUUUUUUUUUUUUCCUUAACACAUUCUUUUCAAGGGGUAAUUUGAAAAACAAUUUUUUAAAAGAUGUUUCUAAACUUUACAUAUGGGUAAUCUGAAAGACAAAUGCCUGCCAUAUUGAAACUGAAGUAGAAUGGCUAUAAAAGGAGCACAGCACCGAAAGCAGCCCUGCAGAAAGACUAGGCUGAUUGUCUUAUACGCAUGCUAGUGUUGAUGUUUUUUGGUCAAGAGGAUAAAAACGGAGGAAUUCUGCAGCAGGCUUUAUUUUAUUACAAACGUAUAAACAUUUUCUCUUUUUCAAGCUGCGUUUUAAAUUCUGACAGACAUCCUUGGCUUACUUCAUCGGGGGGGGAAAAAAGGCUCCUACGAUUUUAAAGUAAGCUGUAUUGACGGUUGCGGAGGUCAGAAAUAUACAAAGAACUGCACAAGGUUUCGGUGGCAUUCAGAGUGCAGUUUUAUAAACCAGAGUUUGAGUUGCGUAGGUUUCUAUUGCAUAAACUGGCUGUAUAAUCCAUUUAGAUCUGGCCAAAGAGAGGAUAUAUUUUUCCUCCUGAUGGUACAUUAAUGCUGUAAACUACUUGGGAGUUAAACUGCCUUGUGUAUUUAAAAUCAUUGGACAGGGUGCCAGCAUAAGCUUCUUUUUGGAAGCAAGGUGGCUUGGAAGAAAAUGGCAUUUAACUUAAGUGCAAUAGAUUUAUUCUCAAGUGUGUUGUGCCUUGUUCUGAAAUUUAUACUGCUUUGAAGCGGAUGCAGUGACAGUAUUGAGGUAACUUAAGGUGACUGGUGCUAUUUAAGUUUAGGCCCUUUGUAUGUCGUGCCCAUCACGGUUUACAAAAUUAUUUUAUUGCACAUUAAAAGUUUUAUAUAUGUCUUGUGUGCGUGUCCUUAAGCUUCCAAAUAUUGUGUGGAGAUUGUGAAACGCAGCUUGUUUACAAAAGGGGAAGGGGCUUGAUACUUAACCAAGAUUUAUUUGGGACCAGGGGGAUUAGCAGUUGGGAAUUUAGCUAUUUGCACACAGAUUUCUAGAUUCUACUUUUUUGCUGCUAGUUUUGUGUAAUUUAUUAAGCAUUUUUUUGAGAAAUAUUUAUUUUUAUAAGCCUAAAAGUGAUUUCUUUGAAAGUUUCAAAACUUGACCAAAAGACAGUACAAAAACACUGGCACUUGAAUGUUGAAUGUCACCCGUAUGCGUGAAAUUUAUAUAUUUCGGGGUAGUGUGAGCUUUUUAAUGUUAGUCAUAUUGGACUCGGUGUCAAAUCCACACCUGUUGUUGGCUGCAAGGCCAAAUGUUUCUAUAGAACUAUAUUAAAUUGGCAAUCCAAAAUUUUAAAAAAAUAAACAAACAUGCCAAGGUUUGGAUAAAAGUUAACAAAAUAUUAGAUGAAACACAUUUCCUAAAUGUUUAUCAACUCGGUGUCCAGAUUCUCCAAUUGUGUGUUUGGUGUUCUUUUUAUGUAAUUGUUUUUUUUUGUUUUUUUUUUUCAGUGAAUGUCUGGCACAUGGCAAUCGUAAAACAUGUGGUUAUUCUCUUUAUUGCAUAUUUGGUGCAUCCUGGUGUUUUUUAUGUAACAUUUAGCAGGUUUCAGCUACAGCAAUAAGUCUUAACUGGAUUGAAAGCGGAUUGAGAAACCGUAGGCUGGUCUAAUGAUGAAAUGCUUUUUAACUUGCUACAUGUUUAAACUGAACACUUUGAACGCCAUAGAUUUAGUAUUUGCUUUAUGUAAUAGUUUAGAAGCUAUGCACUGCAUGAGGUGACUCAGCUGUGCGUCUUGUGCGAUUUUAUCAAAUAAAAGUUUAAAAGUUUAAA